AUGCAACGUGAUAUUGGCGCUUGGAUACGUCAAUGCUCUCGAUGUCAAUUAGCUUCAGGUGCCGAAAAACAUGUACAUCACGCCCCUAUGGGACCUUUAAACAUUCCAGAAGCAUUCAGCCGUUGGCAUUUGGACUUCAUAGGCGAGCUACCACGUACAGCACGAGGAAACAGGUGGAUAUUGAUAGCUGUUGAUUAUACGACUAAUUGGCCAAUUGCCGUUGCUAUGCCUGAUGCGACUGCCGAAGCUAUUGCGGAUGUAUUAUACAACGAGAUUGUCAUGCGUUUUGGUGUACCUGCAGAAAUUUUAACCGAUCGGGGACCAAACUUUACAUCACGUCUCCUAGCACAAUACACGGCUCGACUUCGCACUCAUCAUCUUCUCACAUCAGCUUUCCACCCUCGCACGAAUGGUAAAUGUGAACGUCUUAAUGGUGUCUUCAAACAGAUUUUGCGUAAAUACGCACAUGGCGACAUUUAUCAUUGGGAUGAUUAUAUAAAGCCAACGCUUUGCGCAUGUCGUAUUCGAAAGCAUCCAACCACUGGGGUCAGUCCUUUCUACCUCACUUAUGGCCGUGAUCCACGUUUACCUGGUGAUGUCUUACAUCCUACCUUGUUACGUGAUUUGCCGGUGGAUCCUCAAGAACAACUCGAUAGUGCAUUACCAUCAUUACGAGCACUCAAACAAGCCCGCGCCCAAGCACACGAUCGCAUGUUGGAGGUUAGCCAAGCAGACAAGGAACGAUGGGAUGCUCAUCUCAAGCCGCAAACAUACGCUGUGGGGGAGAUUGUACUUUUACGCCAUGAAAGUAGAUACACCUUGGAAUACAAUUGGAUGGGCCCAUAUAAAGUCAUCGCCACUCAUACCGAUAGCGACACUUACAAAAUUGUCGACAUGCAAGACAAACCUUAUUCGUCAUGGGUUCAUGCAGAUCGUUUACGACCUGUAAAUUUUUCUUCACCACCGACACAAACCUGGUAUCAUCCAACACAAGCACGUGCCACAGCCUCCCGCCAACUCCAAGCCGAACAAAACAUCUCACCUUAA